ACAUACUUUUCUCCUCCGGUUGAUUUUGCGCUGAUUCAACUGCCUAGCCAUAUAAAAGUAUAGAUAAGGUUGUGUUUCGUUUUGUCAAAUAAAUGAAUUUCUUAAAUAUUUUUAAAAGUUAAAUAGUGCUAACUAUGAUACAAACCGAGCACAAUGAUGGGGAAACCAGUGAAGGCUCUGAAGAAAAUGAAAGUGAAAGUAGUAUUGUGCAGCGAUUACCUAGCAUAUCAUCAAUUGCUAAGGAAGAUGUGAAAAUUAAUUUUGAGUUUCUUAGAACUACAAAAGUCAAUAAUAAAUGGGUAUAUGUGAUCAUGAUCAUGAAAGAUACAGGAUUUGAUGCUGAUCAAAUUAAAAUUGAACGGAGUUUCUCAAAUUUUUCAGACCUUCAUGACAGACUUAAAAAAGAGUGUCCAUAUGCUGUGCAAUCUAUUGAUUUUCCAAAAAAGACAAUGUUUAGACCAACUGAAAAUGAAGCUGUUGAAAGGUCUCGAUAUUUAAAGAAAUAUUUAACGUUUGUUGCGCAUCAAGGGGAUGUAAUGAAAUCGAAUGCUUUUCAACAUUUUUUUUGUAUUCCACAUAUAAAAAAAGCAACAGAGUUGUUAAAGUGUGAAGAAUAUUCAAGAAGUAGAACAGAGUAUUUUUUAGCAUUUCAGUUGCAGAAAAAACUUGACGCGAAUAAGGAAGAGAUUAUACCAACAAUCUGUGGAGCAAUCGAAACAAACAAGAAUUUAAAAGACUUUAAAGCAGUGAAUGAUUUGGGUGAAGAGUGUUUGUCAUUACUAAGCGAUGAUAAUUCUAAUCCAUAUCUGCUUCCUUUACUGUAUUCAGUAAUAGAUGCUCGAAAACGAUUAAAUUUAGAUACUAGUCAGCUUCAAAUAAAACUCAGAGAAUGUGAUAGAAAAGGAAAACAUGAUUCCGAAAUUGAAACACUGCGUGAGUUAUUAGUAAGAAGAUAUUAAAUUUGGUGAAAAUUCUUUAACAUUUUUAACCAUUGUAAGAAAAUUAUAUACUAUUUUAUCAGCAUAGGUGAUCAUUUAGUAUUUAAAAAGUUACAUAGGUGAGGAGUACAUAUUUUACAAGCAUAGAUGAGCAAUAUAUGUUUUACAAGCAUUGGUACGCAAUACAUAUUUAAAAAGUUGAUUACUUUUUUAACUUUUUAUUCUAUCAAUUUUUUUUUAAACUCGGAUUUUUUUUAAUGCAUAAUGCUGCAGCCGUUUUUCAAAACGCCUAUAUUUAUUACGUAUUUCAAGAAAAACACGCUUAAAAAAAAUUAUUAGAAACUUUUUGUAAAACGUUUUUUAAAGCAAAUAAUUUUUACAAAUUUUUUCAGAACUCUAUGAAAAUAUGUAUUCAAUAACGUUUAUAGACAUCUAAACUAGCUUAUUUUGUAAAAAAGUCAAAAUUGAUAUUUUUUACCUUAAGGCGUUAUGAAAAACGGCUGCAGAAUGUUAUGCGUAAUAUUGUUUUUUUUUUGUUUUUUUUAAACAUUAAAGGACAUGCGUGAUAAGUCGUUUGAAAGAAUAAUAAUAUUUUUAUAUUUAUAUUUGUGUGUUAAUAUUUUUUGCUGCAUUUUUUUAUCUAGUAUGAAUUUUUUAUUUAGUUUAUUAAAAUUUUUCCACUGUAAAUUUUUUACAAACAUUAUGAUACUUUUGUAAUUAUUUCCCGAAUCAAAUGGAAUGACAAA